UAGUCAAGUUCGCGUGUGUUCGGUAGGCAACAGGUCCAAGAUGAGUGAGAGGGAUUGAUACAAAGCAUCAGUGUGUACAACACAGACUUGGAUUCAAAUUGUGCUUCGGCACCCUCCAGCCGUCAAUAAACAACAUGUCUGCAAAGGCGGCGCAAAAUGCGCCAGGUGCGAAAGAAUCACAAAAUGCCGGCACUCCAAACCAAACAUUAUAUCUCAAAAACUUGGAUGAGAAGACCAACAAGACAGAGCUGAAACGCGCUCUCUACAUGCUUUUCACCCAAUUCGGUCCGGUUCUCGACAUUGUCACGGCUCGGAUUGGAUCUAAAAGCCAGAAGAUGCGCGGGCAAGCUCACAUUGUAUUCCGAGACAUCCAGACAGCUACGCAGGCCAUGCGAGCGCUGCAAGGUUUCGACUUUCUCGGAAAAGAGCUGGUCAUUUCUUACGGCAAAGGACAGUCUUCCAUCAUCCCGAAACUUCGCGGUACUUUCGAACCUCCUACUGCGGCUGCUGGUACUGCCGAAAGCACAGCAUUACAAAAGUCCAUUUUCAAUGCUCCUCCUUCCGCGAUCCCCAGUAAGCCCGUGGAGAACGGAGUGAAGCCUUCCGAAGCAACUGCGGCCGUUGUUCCUCACGGUACGAAACGGACACGUGAGGAGGAAGACGAAGAAGAAGAGGAGGACGUGCCAAUGGAGGAAGAUGAAGAUGAUGCCCCUAUGGAAGAUUCUGAUGACGACUGAAGUGUCCAGCAACUACGCCACGAGGCUGAUAUCCCUUGGCCAACAAGGCGAGGCCUCCCAGCAUCCGAGCGGUGACCUUUGACAACCUUGUGCAUUUGGUCAGAUGCACCAUACUGCGACAAGCGGGCCUCCGUUGGAGAAGGUCUGCGCAUUCCU